CCGGCGACCUGCUGGCAUCUACGCAACUUUACGUAGUCCUGCAUUUCCCGCCGCAACUAGGUGCGCGUUGCAGUCCGUCAACCACCACGUUUAGUUUCUCUCCUAUUCUGCAGCGCCCGGCAGAAUAGUUUUGAAUUACUCGAUAUACGGAUUGCGCCAUGUCGACGCGUCAAGCUGCACUGUCGCUCUAUCGACGGUCCUUAAAGCUUUCCCUCGAUUGGGCGGUUCACCGUCAUCUCUGGAGAGGACAAGCCCUGUAUAUUCGGUCGCUCUUCGAGGCCAAUCGCCAUGUCACGGAUCCACGACAGAAGAGGGAGCUUCUAGCCGAGACAGAAAAGCUACUGGAACGAUGGAAGCAUCCCGAUCCGUAUAUCCCCCCCACGGCCCCAGGAGGGUCGAAAUAUGAACGCAACCUUCCUCCCCCUAUCACUGACCCCCCACCGCCCAUCAAGUUCUGAAGCAUGUAUUGUAAUGGAAAGGAAAAGGGUCUGCACGGUACAUAAGAUGGGAAUAAGAUAGAAAUUAAAUUACUGGCGGAGGAUCACAAAGCAGGGCUGCGAUUUCAGGACAUUGUGGCUUGAAUGAUCUGACGCGUAAUCCCUGGUCCACGGUCGACGGUCUCCGUCGCUGUCUCCGUCGCUCUGAACCGAAGAUAUGCUCCGCACCAAGCUUCAACUUUCCAUAUGCCGAAAUGGCACCAUGCCAUAACUCAAAAAUACAAAUUGACAAUGCAUACCAGCCUUGCGGAUUCGUCAACAGAUAAGUGUGGAGUUGUAAAAUCAUAUUGCGAACAACCAGAAGACAAUAGUGGCGGGGCAGACGCAAUUACGAAUGUAAAUGGGACGUUUGCAUCUUAAAAAUGUAUUUUCAUUCAUGACCAUAACGACCAUAAGCCAUGGG